AUGAACCAGCAGGUAAGUGGAUCGAUGGGCCAGGAAAUCGGCGACAGCGCUGGCAACGAAAUCGACACCGACUGCAACACCGAAGGCGCGUGGAUUCUACGACGACCCUGGCGCGCAAAGCAGCCGUUUGAUCGACUACAGAUAGGCGGAUCAGCUAAGCUUCCCAUCUUUAGCAAGCAGGAACUCAAGGCUUUUGUUAAUACUAUCAAAACAGAGGCACCUAAACAUGAUGAGCAUAUUAAUGAUAAUGCUGUGAUCAGAUUUGUAGCCAGGCCUCAUGUAGACGCUAUUCGAUAUGCAGUUCACGCAACAGCCACUCAACCUCCCCCAUGCCAUCCGCGCCUCGUUAUGUUUACAGAUGGAUCGGUUAAACCCAAGUACAACGUUGGCUGUGGUAUUACUUAUAUGCGUACCUACGGCACUGACCAUGACUGGGUCGACGCGGCCUAUGGAACAAAGGGAAUUUCCAAUCUCCUAGAUCAUGAAGCCAUAGCACUGCAUAGAGGGCUGUGGAUAGCCUAUUACGAGUUGAUGGAUUGGGCUGGACGAGUUGCCGCUCCUCCUAAUGGUGGUCGCACUACGCCACCAACGGUAAUCAUCAUAACUGACGGCCUUUCCGGAAUCCAGCGCUUGCAUUACAGCUAUUGCUACACCAAGUUGGAAGUUGAACCGCUCAACAAAGCCCCAGUCCAUGAAUACUUGGUCCAUCCUCUCGAGAAGCUUGUGAACCUCGGCAGCAAGGUCGAAAUCCACUGGACACCAGGACAUGUUGGUGUUGAAGGAAACUGCCGAGCUGAUUCGUUAGCUUCGAUAGGAGCUGACUAUGCCAUCAAGUAUUCCCGUAAAACCGGCCUUGGCAUUACAAAUAUGAUGCUUCCGUUCUCAAACCGCUUGUUGGGUCAACAGGCAAGACCAGCGUAUCCGUUUCACCUGGGCAAUCCCAUGAAUGAUUAUAUCCAUUGGCAAAAAGAAGAAACGAGAGUGGCUAUUCGAGUUGCACUAAAUUCGAAUGAAGAAAAAGGGGCGGUUAGUUUUGAACCAUUAAGAAUCAUCAAGUCCCAACUAAUUCGUGAACAGGAAUUUGUUGCAUGGCUAGCUAAAGCUAGUUUACCUACCAAGAUCAGCAAGGCCACACGGAAGAUGCUCAAAAAGAAGAAGAUAGCCGAGAAUAUGGUAACCAAAAAGAAUGGAGGAAAGCUCCUCAAGAAGACUGGAAAACUAUUCGGAGGAGUAUUUCCGCCUAAGGAUAACGGCGACGGUGGCACUAGUCAGACAAAGAGAAGAGCGCAUGAGGAGGCUACUGUUGACGACCUCGACGACUUGCUACCUCACCUCAAAAAGCCUAAGACCGAUACUGAUGGUAAUGGCCAGAACUGCAUUACACAAUAA